AUGCAUUCCACGGAGAACCUGUCAUUUGUUCUUGAAAAGGUUCAAACUGUGAAGUUUGAGAACCGUCCUAUCCCCCUGCUGGAGGACCCCCAUGAUGUCCUGGUUAGGGUGAAAUUCACAGGAAUCUGUGGAAGCGAAGUACACUACUGGCACGCAGGCCAAAUUGGCCCCUUCAAAGUCGAGCACCCAAUGGUCCGAGGACACGAAUCCUCAGGAAUCGUCGAAAAGGUCGGCAACAAAGUAACAAGCUUGAAAGUCGGCGACCGCGUCACCAUGGAGCCUGGCGAGUCAUGCCGUCGCUGCGACGCAUGCAAAGUCGGAACAUACAAUCUCUGUCCUGACAUGGCGUUCGCUGCCACCCCUCCAUACGAUGGAACCUUGGCGAAAUACUAUCGCCUUCCAGAGGAUCUUUGCUACAGAAUACCGGAAAGCAUGACUCUGGAACAAGGCGCACUUGUGGAGCCGCUCAGUGUUGCAGUGCAUCUUGUGCGACGGGCGGAGGUAUCGCCAGGCGUAUCGACUGUUGUUUUCGGUGCUGGGCCCGUUGGAUUAUUGUGCUGUGCUGUAGCCAAGGCGUUCGGGGCUGCGAAAAUCGUUGCUGUGGAUAUUCAACCUAAGAGGUUGGAGUUUGCGAAGCGGUAUGGUGCGACGUGGACUUUCUUACCUGGUGCUGUCUCCGCGGCGGAAAAUGCCUCGCGUUUGGCUACUGAGAGUGGUCUUGGCAAUGGCGCUGAUAUCGUGAUUGAUGCUUCUAUCAAUACUGGCAUACAUGUUCUUCGUGCUGGUGGUACGUAUGUCCAGGGUGGUAUGGGGCGUGACGAGGUCAAUUUCCCUAUUACGGCUGCGUGUACGAAGGAGUUGAAUGUUAAGGGGAGUUUCCGGUCCUCGAGUGGUGACUACCAGCUUGCCAUUCAGCUAAUUGCCUCUCAAAAAGCCAAUGUUCAGGAUCUGAUUACUGAUGUUUUCAAGUUUGAGGAUGCUGAGCGGGCCUUUGAGCAAGUGAAAGCUGGAGCUGGUAUCAAGACUCUCAUCGCGGGAGUUGAAGAAUAA